AUAAUUAUAUUUAGUACUUAUAUAGUUUAAGUUAGUAUUAUGUGUGUGUGUAACUCCAUUGGAAUUGUAAGGCUGCGUGCAUGCAUGGGUUUGUGAAUAAAUGUCAGGUGAUCUGCAAUUAUUCAUGGAUACAAACAAUUGACAUGUGACUGGCUAGCCACUCAAUGCAGUUAGUAUUACAAUGGAAGGUUUCUCUCGUAGAAGACAAGUAAGGAGCCUAACAGUAACAGAGCCAAUAGAUCUCGAAGAGCGCUACAAAUUUGUUAAAGAGAUUUCAGAUGAGCACAAGUGUGUGAUUUGUAGCAAGCUCUUAAGAGAGCCUCAAGUUACCGGGUGCUGUGGACAACACUUUUGUCAGUAUUGCUUAGAGCAAUGGUUGAAAACAAACCAUGAGAAACCAUGUCCACACUGUCGCACACCAAACUGCAACUACAUUCGCUACCUACCAAUGAAAAGGGAGAUUUAUGAACUUGAAGUGUAUUGUCCCAAUCAAAUGAUAGGGUGCUUAACGAUAUCGACAUUACAAGAAAUAGAUGGCCACCUUAACAUUUGUGAACUUGAAGAAGUGACUUGCUCAUGCAACAAAAAAAUUCUCAGAAAAAAGCUUAAAAACCACCAGCAAAACCACUGUUCCCGGAGAACGGUGCAAUGUCAAUACUGUCGAGAAAAAGGAAUGCAUAUGACAAUAAGUAGUGCUCAUCACCGAAACAUGUGCCCAGAUUUGCCGAUAAAUUGUCCUAAGAAGUGCGGGGCUUCUGACAUUAAGAGGAAAAAUAUGGAGAGCCAUAGGAACAAGUGCCCACUGGAACUAGUUGAAUGUAAAUAUUUAAAAGCAGGCUGCCGUGAUAAAAUUUGUCGGAGAGACUAUGAAGCUCACGAGAGAGAUAAUGUACAACAGCAUUUGCAGAUAACAAUGGAGUCCUUCACAAAACUCUCAACAGAGCAUGAUAUACUAAAGAAGACUUAUGAGGCACUGAGAACACAAAGAACCCCAUCAGGACCUAACGGACAAAGCAGAAGAAGAAGUGGGGUAGAUUAUAAUUAUGGCAGUAGUAGCUACCACGAACAACAAUAUGAAUAUGAUCCAUGGUAGAACAAUACUUGUAUAGAAGAGAGACUAUAGCUGCAUGCCAGCCAAGUGACUGUUACCAUAGCUAAACACAACAUGACAUUAUUUAUAAACUGAUGCACUAUAACAGUUUGACCUAACAGUUUACGUGUAUUCAUGCAUUUUCCACAUUCAUAGGUUUAAGCACAUGACGCCAUAAAUAUUAGUCAACAAUAGCAACUAUAGUAACCAUGGUGACAGCGUGUUUGUGGAGCAGAUAUUCGUAUCUGCGGUACAACAAUUUUUACAACAUCGCUAUACACACAACUGCAUGUGCAGACACACAAUAAUCAUCAUUAAGACCUUAUUUAUAAUAAUUAUUCAUUAUGGCACAUGACAUAAUUUUUAAACAACAAGAUCACCAAUGGCUACCAGUGCUAACUCCAACAGAUCUAUUCCUUGUGAAUCUAUACCUACUACAGAGGAAUCAGAUGACUACACAUUUGUAGAUGUUCUACCAGAGAAGUACAUUUGUGGAAUAUGUAGGAAUAUAUUAUCACAACCUCAUGUGACAGAAUGUUGUGGUCAACAUUUCUGCGAAGAUUGCCUCAAAAACGCUGCUUCACAGAGCACUAGGACUAAAUACCAUGGUCUAUGGGGCCCACAACAAAUGGAAUCUGAAACUCCAAAUUGCCCCCAUUGUAGAAGAAAUAACUUCAACCAUAUCAGGUAUUUGCCCUUCAAGCGAGAAAUCGACGGCAUGAAAGUUUGUUGCCCUCGAAAAUCUAGUGGCUGCAACGUGCAAGUAACUUACGGUAAUAGAAUGGACCAUGAAAAAACCUGUGGCUAUAUACGAGUUCCUUGUACCAACAACUGUGGCAACACUGUUUUCAAGAAAGACUUACAAUCUCACACUCGAAAUGACUGUACAUUGAGGAGAGCUACAUGUAAAGCUUGUGGCAAGAUCGGAACAUAUAAAGAAAUCGAAAGCUUAGGACACAACUCUGUCUGUCCGGAAGUUUGGGUAAAGUGCACUAGUCCUUGCGGAGCACGGUUUAAGCGCAAAGCAGCCAGGUCUCAUGAUUUAGUUUGCCUAGAAGCGACGGUGAACUGUCAAUUUGCUGAAGCAGGUUGUACUGUCAAGCCAAAGCGUAAAGACCUCGAGAGCCACUUGGAUGCUAACAUGAAGAAACAUCUAUCUCAACUAAUGACAGCACAUGUGAAAAUGAAGCAAGAAUUUCAAGCCUUUAAAAAAGGUCACGAAGACUCCUCUGCUUCUCCCCCUCUCUCAAAGUCCACGUCAUCAUUAUCGAGAAUACAUAAUUUAAAGCAGAAACAGCGCAAUCCUCACUUAUUAAUAGAUAAAGAUCCCACCAUGGAAUGGAGUAAUUGACUGCCGAUUUUGGAAACUAUGGCGAUGGUAUAUUUGUGCAUAGAGAGGAUAUUAAGAGACACUAAAAUAUGCGACUGUUAUGAAAUUAUAUAUAGUAGCUAUAAACACAAUAAUUAUUGUAUACUUGCUAAUUUAGUUAUUUAACACUUACAUCGAUUUGAUUUGCUAAUAACAGUUUGACCUAA